AUGAAAAUUCAUUUCAUAUUAAUAUUAUCUUUUCUAAUACAAGGAAUAUAUUCAGAUAACAAUUGUGUUCAUAAAUAUGCUAUGAAAAAUAAGAGAAUGUAUAAUAGAACAUUAUUUUUAGAAGGAACAUUUAAAAAAAAGAAAAAUUUUAGAAAUUAUAAUAAUAAAGAAUAUAAUAAUUAUAUCAAUUUAUAUACUAUUAAAAAUCCUUUAAAGUGUAAAGUAGUCGAUAUAAUAAAGUUAGUAAGAGAAAAAUCUUUAAGCGAAGUUUAUAAUAUUGAAAUAUGUCAUAACGGAAAAUUCAAGUAUUUAGAAGGACAAUCAUGUGGGAUUAUACCAUAUUAUAACGAAAAUGAUAGUACAGAAGAUAGUAACAAAAAUGAUGGUAGGAAAAUAAAAAAACAGGCGAGAUUAUAUUCCAUAUCAUCAGGUGAUUCUAAAAAUUUAUCUGUUGCUAUAAAGAUUCAUAAAUAUGAAGACAUAGAAAACGGAGUAAAAAAAUUAAAAUAUGGUUACUGUUCUGGAUUCAUAAAAAAUAUUAAAAAAAAUAAUGACAUAUAUUUAACGGGAUCUCAUGGAUCUUUUUUUUUACCAGAUGAUGUUGUUGAAAAAAAUAAAAACUUAAUUUUUAUUGCAACAGGGACAGGAAUUUCUCCUUAUAUUUCUUUUUUAAAAAAGAUUUUAGGAUAUGAUAAAAAUAACAUGAAAAAAAAGUCAAAUUACAAUGGUCUAAUACAUUUAUUUUAUGGUGUAUAUAAUGAAGAUUCUAUUUUAUAUUUAAAUGAACUAGAAUAUUUUAAAAAAAUAUAUCCAUAUAACUUGCAUAUUCAUUAUGUUUUUUCAUCUAUAAAAAAUUUGGAUGGAACGUCUUUUCACGUUCAAGAUGAAAUAUUUAGAAAAAAAAAAGAAUUUCUAGAACUUUUUAAUGUAAAUAAAAGUGAACUUUACAUAUGCGGUCAUAAAUCUAUAAGAAAAAAAAUUAUAGAAAUUAUAAAAAAUAAUGAACCUUUUGAUGAAGAAAAGAAAAAAAGAAUACAUGUAGAAGUUUACUAG